UUUUACGAGGAGAGAGAGCAGGAGAGGGGACCACGAGAGAGGCAGAGACUCCCUGAUGACCUCAUGCCCUUGUACACCACUCGCCUUUACACUCUGGAUUAAACAGCAUUAGGGAGCCAAGAGAGGAAACACAUGUGGUGUCUGGAGACCUGUGCCUGCCUGUUCCAGUCCCACGCCCAGUCAUCUCACCACACCCUUCACCUCACUUUCUCACAUUCUCCUCCAGCCCAGGAAUUAGGCGAGAGAAGUGAAGGGACAGGAGGAAGAGGCAACUAACAAUUCUUUGUCCAACCACAGCCCCACACCCAGGACAACCAACAGGUGGGCAAGCUUGCCAAGAAUACGCAGAGGACGUCCUACGAGCAGCAAACAGGUCUGAGCCUGGAAAAGACGCAGAGAAGUAAAAGAUCAAAGUCUGAUCGGUACCGGCUCCUAUUCCGGCUCUAACCUCCACUGCGACCCCCAUCUCGGCUGCAGCCUCGGACCUAGCUCCGGCCCUCAGUCUAUCCGCUUGCAUCCUCCCUCCCUGUUCCGGAUCCUGUCUUGCGCCAGCGCCUACUCUAGGAUCCCGUAACCAGACCCUCAAGCCAUGGCUGGUCCCUUCUCCCGUCUGCUGUCCGCCCGCCCGGGACUCAGGCUCCUGGCUUUGGCCGGAGCGGGGUCUCUAGCCGCUGGGUUUCUACUCCGACCGGAACCUGUACGAGCGGCCAGUGAACGACGGAGGCUGUAUCCCCCGAGCGCUGAGUACCCAGACCUCCGAAAGCACAACAACUGCAUGGCCAGUCACCUGACCCCAGCAGUCUAUGCACGGCUCUGCGACAAGACCACACCCACUGGUUGGACGCUAGAUCAGUGUAUCCAGACUGGCGUGGACAACCCUGGCCACCCCUUCAUCAAGACUGUGGGCAUGGUGGCUGGAGAUGAGGAGACCUAUGAGGUAUUUGCUGACCUCUUUGACCCUGUGAUCCAAGAGCGACACAAUGGAUAUGACCCCCGGACAAUGAAACACACCACUGAUCUGGAUGCCAGUAAGAUCCGUUCUGGCUACUUUGAUGAGAGGUAUGUAUUAUCCUCGAGAGUGAGAACUGGCCGAAGCAUCCGAGGACUCAGUCUGCCUCCAGCUUGCACUCGAGCGGAGCGACGAGAGGUGGAACGUGUUGUGGUGGAAGCACUGAGUGGCCUGAAGGGUGACUUGGCUGGACGUUACUAUAGGCUCAGUGAGAUGACAGAGGCUGAACAGCAGCAGCUUAUUGAUGACCAUUUUCUGUUUGAUAAGCCUGUGUCCCCAUUGCUGACUGCCGCAGGAAUGGCUCGAGACUGGCCAGAUGCUCGUGGAAUUUGGCACAACAAUGAGAAGAGCUUCCUGAUCUGGGUGAACGAGGAGGAUCAUACACGGGUCAUCUCCAUGGAGAAGGGCGGCAACAUGAAAAGAGUGUUUGAAAGAUUCUGCCGAGGCCUCAAAGAGGUGGAGCGACUUAUCCAAGAACGUGGCUGGGAGUUCAUGUGGAAUGAGCGUUUGGGAUACAUCUUGACCUGUCCAUCUAACCUGGGCACUGGACUUCGGGCAGGAGUGCACAUCAAACUGCCCCUGUUAAGCAAAGAUAGCCGCUUCCCAAAGAUCCUGGAGAACCUAAGACUCCAAAAGCGUGGUACUGGAGGAGUGGACACCGCUGCCACAGGCGGUGUCUUUGACAUUUCUAAUUUGGACCGACUAGGCAAAUCAGAGGUGGAGCUGGUGCAACUGGUCAUCGAUGGAGUAAACUAUUUGAUUGACUGUGAGCGACGUCUGGAGAGAGGCCAGGAUAUCCGCAUCCCCGCACCUCUCAUCCAUACCAAGCAUUAACUCCCCAUCGCCAGCUGAUGACUCAGGAUUCCCAGGAGUUCUGCUCAUUCUAAUGAGGGCUUAUUCUACUUUGCUCCGGACCUGCCCCCGCAUACCCUGCCUCCAUCCUAGUAAAGACUCCUUGCUAUAUUGCA